UUAUUGGAGUUGGUGUAGUCAGUAGACCUCAACCCCAACACGGGGAUGUCAGGAUCAUUUGGAAAAUAAGUCACUUGCAAAACAGGAACUUCUGGGACAGUCACUCUUGGUGUCAAGCAUGGCAGGUAGACCUGCAAGAAAGAAGGUGUUAUUUAUCUGCCUGGGAAAUAUCUGCCGGUCCCCCAUAGCAGAAGCUGUGCUUAACCAUGUACUGAAGGAACGAGGUAUCACGGAUUGGGAAGUGGAUUCAGGUGCCAUAGGACCAUGGCACGUUGGCCUAGGACCUGACUCUCGUGCUAUUAGUGUCAUGAAGGGACACAAAAUACCUAUGACUCAUAAGGCUAGACAACUCACUAAAGCAGACUUCACACACUAUGACUACAUUUUUGGGAUGGACCAUGAGAACAUCUCUGACAUCAAAUCUCGUGCUCCCAAGAAAAGCACGGCUCAGAUUGAACUCUUUGGAUCAUAUGAUCCUAAAAAGGAGUUGAUCAUCAGAGAUCCAUACUAUGAUGAUGAUGAUGAAGGGUUUGAGAAGUGCUAUGAACAGUGUUUACGGUGCAGUAAUGGUUUUUUGGAUGCUGUGAAAUAGCUUUUAUCUAGUUGCAAGACUUCUCAUUGUUUUAGGGCUCAAUAUACAGUGGAACCUCUACUUGCGACUUUAAUCCGUUCCAUGAGCUUGCUCGCAACUGGAUUUGCUCAUUUGCAGAGUCAGAUUUCCUCAUUUAAAUUAAUUGAAAUGCAAUUAAUCCGUUCCAGCGGAAUUCUGUACUUCAAUAAUUUCGCUAAUAUCAACUCUGUGGCUUAUUUAUCUAUCUCGCUUCAUCUAAAAUGACAUAAUAAACAACAUAAAUAACAAAGAAACAUAAUAUAUACUCUAAAAUGAAUAAAAUAUAUCAUUCAUGUAGUGGUAUGGGCGGUGUCGGCAGUGGACGAGAGUUUGUCUGGGGACUGGGCAAAAUACUUCAUGAAUAAUUUCGCUGAUAUCAUCUAUACGGCUUGUUUAUAUAUCACAGUUCAUCUAAUAUGACAUAACAAAACAAAUAAAUAAAGUAGAAACAUGAUAUAUACCCUGGAAUGAAUAAAAUACUGUAUGUCUUUAUGUAACAGGUGGUGGCAGCCACAACCGCUCCCUUAGUUGUGGUAAACACUGCCAUCUAGUGAUGGCUUUUUGAAGCUGUCUCUUAUUAUAAUUAUUAUAUAUACGUAGUACAUUAUUAUUAUAUAUGUAUUAUUAUUAUUAUACAUAUAUUAUUAUUAUUGUAUUAUAUUAUUAUACUAUUAUUAUUAUACGUAUUAUUAUUAUACAUAUUAUUAUUAUUAUUAUUAUUAUUGUUAUUAUUAUUAUUAUUAUUAUUAUUAUUAUAUGAAUAAUUUGUAAUUUUCAUUCACACAAAAAAUAUAAGACUUACUGUUAUUUCUUAUUGCAAUAAUUGUAUAACGUCGACCCAUUCACGACUGCAUAUUGGAAUGGACUGUGACGUACGUCAUUUGUUUACUCUGAAACAGCCAAGCAAUAGACCAUUUCUCCUAGGUUGAGCUCUAUUUCAAGGUACUUUUCAUCGUGAAAGCAAUUAAAAUCAUAUCUAUUUCUGUAAUAUAUCUUCCAUUCUAUCAAAUGAGACCAAAAAAUGAGAAUACAACCAUAAAAACCAUUUGAAAUUACUGCUUAGGGGUGGCUAAUUGCUGAGAAGUGAACUCCAUUAUUUAUGCUUAGAGUUCUUUCAUUUUUGGUGUAUGUUAAGAAGCAUCUUUCCAUCAUACAUUGCCCAAGUUUCAAUAAGAUAGUCCAACAAACAAAUGAGAUACAAUUCCCGAGACCAAGAGCAAGAGUCCCUCACCAGUGUCAAGGAACCUGCCUUGAGGUCUGCUCGCUUGUGGAAAUUUUGCUCACUUAUGGAAACAAAAAAUCGACCCAUCGACUGCUCGUAUUUGGAAAAACUCACACGUGGACACGCUCGCAAGUAGAGGUUCCACUGUAUUAUCUUUAUUGUAAUAUUAUGAAAAUACUUCAUCUCUUAAAUUAAUAACUUACUUUUACUUGUUUAACCCUCUAACUGUCCAAACGUGGAUCUACAUUUGCUCGCGAAGCACUCCGAAUGUAGGUCUACAUUUUUUUUACGUUCUUUCUUAUGAAGAAAAUCAAGGUCGGAGCGCUAUGCGCGCAAACAUAGAUCUACGUUUGGACAGUUUAAAGGUUAAUAGUAUUGUAAAUUUUAGUCAUUUCAGAGGUCCUUCUGUUUAAAAAUUUAAAUGGGAAUAAAUGAGGACUGUUUUAGAUGUCUAGUUUAUUAUGGUGGCAGCUAUGUGUACUGUACAUAAUACUUUAUUAAAUAAAAUAUUUGGCUUAUAA